AUGGCUCAAGUCUUCGAAUGUCUUGAUGCCGAUGGAGAUGGCGAAGUCAAUCGCGAUGAGUUCCUCCAAGGCUGCGCCAGACUCCGAAGUGAUCCAAAGACACGUGACGUGAAUCGGAUACCAAUUUACAUCCAGUCGUUAGCCGCCCGAAUCGAGUGGUAUGAACAGAAAGUUGACGCCCUAGUCGACGAGGUGCUCGUGGUGUUAGAACGUAAAAUGCGAGAGAACGGGGUCGAGGCUAAUCAUUUCAAGCGUCGUCAAG